CUGGGCUCGGGAGCGCGCACGCUGUGCGCCCCGAAUUCGCGCGGGAUUCUCGCCUAGCGCAGCCGGGGCAAGGUGAACGGUUUGGCCCGCCAUGUUCUUCUCCGCUGCGCUCCGGGCCCGGGUGACUGGCCUCACCGCCCAGUGGGGAAGAUAUACAAGGAAUUUGCAUAAGACAGCUGCACAAAAUGGAGCUGGAGGAGCCUUAUUUGUACACAGAGAUACUCCUGAGAAUAACCCAAAUACUCCAUUUGAUUUCACACCAGAAAACUACAAGAGGAUAGAGGCAAUUGUAAAAAACUAUCCAGAAGGGCAUAAAGCAGCAGCUGUGCUUCCAGUUCUGGAUUUAGCACAAAGGCAAAAUGGUUGGUUACCGAUCUCCGCUAUGAACAAGGUUGCAGAAGUUUUAGAAGUACCUCCAAUGAGAGUAUAUGAAGUGGCAACUUUUUAUACAAUGUAUAAUAGAAAGCCAGUUGGAAAGUAUCACAUUCAGGUCUGCACUACUACACCUUGCAUGCUUCGAAACUCUGACAGCAUAUUGGAAGCUAUUCAGAAAAAGCUGGGAAUAAAAGUUGGCGAGACUACGCCUGACAAACUUUUCACUCUAAUAGAGGUGGAAUGUUUAGGAGCCUGUGUAAAUGCACCAAUGGUUCAAAUAAAUGACAAUUACUAUGAGGAUCUGACACCUAAAGAUAUUGAAGAAAUUAUCGAUGAGCUCAAGGCUGGCAAAAUGCCAAAACCUGGGCCAAGGAGUGGGCGAUUCUCUUGUGAGCCAGCUGGAGGUCUUACCUCUCUGACUGAACCACCAAAAGGACCUGGCUUUGGUGUGCAAGCAGGCUUAUAAUUUAUAUUCAACUGUAAAUGUCACUGGAGAAAUAAAGUAUAAACCUCCUACCUACAUAAA